GAUGCUGCUGGUUUCUUGUUCCGUUUUCCCGUAGAUUCUACACUAGUGGUGAAACAGUUGGACACUUUGACUUUUGCAGAAUGGCACAAAUGAAACGGAGAAAUAGUUUUUAUCGCUCUUUCAAAAAUGUUGAACCUGAUUUGGAUGAGUUUGAAAUGGACAGAGGAGAAACGGCAGCUACGCAGAAUAAAUGGGUUUUCGAAAUUGCAUGGGAAGUUGCAAAUAAAGUUGGGGGUAUUUACACUGUGAUUAAAUCAAAGGCACCAGUCACUGUUGAGGAGUUAGGGGAACAGUACUGUUUGUUAGGACCCUACAAUGAGUCAUGUGUCAGAACAGAAGUAGAAUUACUAGAACCUCACCAUUAUGUAUAUAGACAGACAAUACAACAGAUGAGAGAUUGCGGAAUCAAGGUAUAUUUUGGACGUUGGUUGAUUGAUGGCUACCCAAAAGUAAUUUUAUUUGAUAUUGGAUCAGCAGCUUGGAAACUUGAUGAGUUUAAACAUGAAUUAUGGGAGAAAGCUAAUAUUGGUAUACCAUGGCAUGAUAGAGAAUCAAACGAUGCAGUUAUAUUUGGUGCUUUGGUAGCAUGGUUUUUAGGAGAGUUUAGGAAGAAUUUAUCAGAUGAAGGAAAACCACUGAUGAUCACCCAUUUCCAUGAAUGGUUGGCUGGGGUUGGUCUGAUAUAUCUGAGAACCAGAAAAGUAGAUUGUACAACAAUAUUCACAACCCAUGCAACCUUACUAGGCCGAUACUUGUGUGCAUCAUCAGCAGAUUUCUACAACAAUUUAGAUACAUUCAGCCUCGAUAAGGAAGCGGGUGACAGGCAAAUUUACCACAGAUACUGUAUAGAAAGAAGUGCUGUUCAUUGUGCACAUGUGUUUACAACUGUGUCUGAUAUCACUGGUGUAGAGGCUGAACAUUUACUGAAACGUAAACCAGAUGUUAUUUUACCAAAUGGAUUAAAUGUAAUCAAGUUUAGUGCUAUACACGAAUUCCAGAAUUUACAUGCCGUCGCUAAAGAAAAGAUCCACGAUUUUGUUAGAGGCCAUUUUCAUGGGCAUUAUGAUUUUGAUUUAGAUAAGACGUUAUACCUGUUUAGUGCAGGUAGAUAUGAGUUUACCAAUAAAGGUGCUGACAUGUUUAUAGAAGGUCUUGCCAGACUUAAUUACUUUCUUCAGCAAGCGAACAGUGAAACAACAGUGAUAGCAUUUUUAAUAUUCCCUACACGGACAAACAAUUUCAAUGUAGAAUCUUUACGAGGACAAGCAAUAGCUAAAUCCCUAAAAGAGACUGUACAUCAGGUGCAAGGACAGGUUGGAAAAAGAUUAUUUGAGAUCUGUUUAAGGGGAACAAUCCCAAAAGGAGAAGAUAUAUUGUUACAAGAAGAUUUAGUAAAGCUAAAACGAUGUAUAUAUGGAUCUCAGACAUCCGGUUUACCUCCUAUAUGUACCCACAAUGUAGCCGAUGAUUGGAAUGAUCAAAUACUAACUGCAUUACGGAGAUGUAAAUUAUUUAAUCAGAAAUAUGACAGAGUUAAAGUAAUCUUCCAUCCAGAGUUUCUCAAUUCCACCAAUCCUUUGUUUGGAUUAGAUUAUGAGGAAUUUGUACGAGGAUGUCAUUUAGGUGUUUUUCCAUCUUAUUAUGAACCUUGGGGAUACACGCCUGCUGAGUGUACUGUUAUGGGUAUACCAAGCAUGACCACCAAUCUCUCAGGAUUUGGAUGUUUUAUGCAAGAUCAUAUACAGGAUCCUAAAUCAUAUGGUAUCUAUAUCAUAGACAGAAGAUUUAAAAGUUAUGAUGAUUCAGUACAGCUGUUAGCUCAGUAUAUGUUUGAUUUUUCUUGUCUUUCACGAAGACAAAGAAUUAUUCAGAGAAACAGAACAGAAAGAUUAAGUGAACUGCUGGACUGGAGAAACUUAGGAGUUUACUACAGAAAGGCCAGGAAUUUAGCAUUAGUACGGUGUUUCCCUGAUGCUUUUGUAGAGGAUGAAAACUCGGGUAAGAAGUUUGUAUAUCCCAGACCAGCAUCAGCUUUUACCUCCCCAGCCGGAUCCAGAUCAGCAACUCCUGCCCCAUCAGAAUCUGGAAGUCAGGAUGGCGAGGAGGAGGAAGAUGAAGAAGAUGUGGAAUACAGACUGAAUGAUAAAGAAGAUACACAAUAAAGCCAUUUGAUCGGUCAAAGAUGUGAUUUGAAAGAAGCUUUGGAAAAGAAUGAAUCUGAUUCCUAGAAUAUGGAACACUGUGUUAGGAAUAGAGAAAUGAUUUAUUACAGAAUCAAAUAAAUAUAAUUAUCUGGUGUUUUUGUGUGCGAUAUUGUAGAUGUGAACUAACAUGUUACAGUCAGGUCAAAAAUUAGGCAGUAAUGGAUUUAGUUCACAAUGUUUUAAUGCUAUGCUGGUGCUGAUAUAUAGUUUUAUAUUGUUUUGGGCUAUUUUAGAACAAAAGUGCUGUGCAGUUUAGGUUUUUUGUUUGUGCAGGUACACAGUUAUACAACUAUGCUAACUGUGAUUCUCCAGAAGGAAUCUUUUUUCAUAGAAUGAUUCUCAAAUAUUUUUUGCUAAGUAUUUGUGUUUCUUAUUUCAAAAUUACAAUCCACUUUUAUUAAAGUUUUGAAUGUUUAUUUCCACAAUAUUUUGAGUUGUUAUUGAAUUAUAAUAGCAGUUUUGUGUAAAAAUUACUUUUAUCAUUAUGAUAUCAUUAAUAAAUGUCUGAGAUCCUGGUAUUUGAUAGAGGUUCAUGUAAUGUAAUGUAACAAAAGUAUUAACAAUGGUUGUGGUGUACAUUAUCAUAUGUAUCUGUUUAUUAACCAGAAAUGAUAUAUCUAAAUUAUUACAAGUUCUUUGUGAUGACCAAGGAAUGAAGUGAGUCAUGCUUAUACUAAUUUACAACAUGAAGUCAGAAAAAAUAAUCAAAAGCAUGAUGCAAACGGUACAUGCUGUUGAAAUCCUGAGCAAUGCUAGUGAAAUAUUCAUAUAAUAUUUACAUAUUGUGGCUUAAUUGUGAUAUGGGUCUAUUUGUGAAUAUAAUGCAAUUAAAAUAAAUAUGUAACCUUAUAUUAUGAUUUUAUAUAAAUUUGUUUUUUUUUAUACUUGAAUGCUGAAUUUAUCUAACAGUACCGUUGUUAUUGAAUGAAAUAAUUGAACUGUAAUACUAGUCCUAAUAUUUUAUUUCCAGGUUUUGUAUACUUCAAAAUUUGAAGUUCUCUUGUUUUAAUAACAGUGUUUUAUGAUGUUUUACAAAGUAUAGAUUAUUCUCAUAGUUAGUUAUAUUUUGGGCAACAAUGAUCUAUUGAUAUCCGUCUUGGAUCAGCACCUCUCUGUUGCUGUCUGAUAGCAUCUCCGUAUAUUGUUGAAUCCUUUCUUUGUCUGCAUACAAGCCUAUAGAACAUUUAUACACUGUUGAACAUUUAUAUUUGUGUGGUUCCUAUACCCAUAAAGUCUGUGAUAAUUGGUACCCCAUGAUGAUGUAUCCACAGUAUUACAUGUGAUUCACUGCAAAACUUAAAAGUAAGACUAGUAGCUAUGACAUUUUUAUGCCCCACCUACGAUAGUAGAGGGGCAUUAUGUAUUUCGGUCUGUGCGUCCGUUUGUCCGUCUGUCCUGCCUCAGGUAAAAGUCUUUGGUCAAGGUAGUCUUUGAUGAAGUUGAAGUCCAAUCAACUUGAAACUUAGUACAAAUGUUCCCUAUGCUAUGAUCUUUCUAAUUUUAAUGCAAAAUUAGAGUUUUGGCCUCAAUUUCACAGUCCACUUAACAUAGAAAUUGAUAGUGGGAGUGGGGCAAUUUACUAUGGACACAUUCUUGUUUUAAUGUAAUAAGAUUUUUCUGUAAUGUGCCAUUAGAUUUUGUGUUGCUUUGUAAAAUAGACAAUCAUGAAACAUGUUUUGAUUGAGUAUAAAUGAUUACUACAUAUAUAUGCUUGAUAAAUUAAUGAAUAAUUAGUUUGAACUAAAAAGAAAUUGAUUUUUAACUGAAACUAUUUGUUGUAUUAUGAAAUUUUCUUGUAAAGACUGAAUUCUAUCUUAAUUCAAAAAACAAAAAUAAACUGUUUAAAAUAUAUAUCAGAUGUUGGAAGUUAAAAUUUGUAAGAUGGAACUUAAACAAAUUUAAGGUAAUGUUUAUCUGAUUCAAGCUGUUGAUCUUGAGCUAUAUUGAUUUUAAUCUUUAGUCAUAUAUAUAUAACUCUACAUUAAAUUAAGAUUUAAUUGACUAAUUGCAAGAAAACUGGUAUUAAUGUAUGAUUUUUGGUUGUAAACAUUUUAGUAUAUUUUACAGCAUUACAAUGUAACCAUUAACAUUUCAUCUAGCCAUCUUUAGUAUUUUCAAUCUUUGUUGUUUUCUAUAAUAUUUUGUAGCUGAACCUAUCCACCAGCUUGUGAAUUAGAGUGCAAGGAGACCUUAUUAUACUGAAUUGUAUAUUGCAUUGAGUCAUUGAUCAAAGUUAUCCGAAAGAAUAAUCAGAUGAUGGGCAUAAAUAAAAUCCUCGAUGCUAUUUAGCAAAAGUUCAGAGAUAGCUAGUUUCAAUAUUUAUUUUAUUUUUCAAAAACAGUUUGAUUAGAACCACUUUUCAGAGGUUGCAAUUUUCUUGCCAUGUCUAUCAUCUCGAAAGAGUAUUGUGAAAUAGCUUUUGAAACUUUUGAAAAAUUUACUUGUGCUAUCAUUUCUAUCAGAAAAUAUAAGAGAUAAAUUUAUUUAAUAUUUGCAUAAUAUCCCCAAAUUUAUUUUUUGUUUGCAUAAUAUCCCUAUUCAAAGUUUGAGUGAUUCCGGUUACAAAAGGUUGGUGUUUAUAACCUCUAUCUCAUCAGCUCUACACCAUAAAUAUCUGUUUGAUACUUUUCUGAGCCAUGCUCAACUCACCACCACACCAAAAAAAGAUAUCCGGCUGAUUAUCUUUAUCUUCUGUGACUUAUUACUUUUACAGUUAGAUAUCUAGUUGAUACAUAAGUUGAUACUUUCUCUUGCUUAUCAUCAAUACAACAAGAUAGCUAGUCCAUUUCUAUGUAUGACUUCUUCAGCUUAUAGCCACCCAAACACUGGUUUUGGUUUUGAAUAUGGAUGAAAUAUUUGCAAAGACACAGUGAGCAACAACAGUCUAAGCCUUCUCACACACUAUAACCACUGGAGGAUAGACAGCUGACUUCAGAUUCUCUAUAAAUUUUAAGAAAGUGACAAUAAUCCUAUCAACCAAUAAAACUUUCAUAAUUACCUGUAAAUAAAAGUGGUGAAAAUAAAUUACUUUUUGUUUUCAAUAAAAACUUUAUAAUGUCUUAACUUUAGUGUACAUUAUGUAUUACUUUUUUCCCUAGCUCUAUCUUAUGUUGAGAGGACUUAUUAAUUAAUGUUUGAAGUAGUCCUGAGAUUUAUUGUAAAUUCAGAAUUUAAUAUGUGAAUUAGAUAGUGAUUUGAAUAUUGAACAUCUGACAUUUAUAUGAGAUAUAUUGAUGCAAGUGUUGUCGUACAAUAUAAAUUUAAAUUAUUUGUGUCAGAAUUUUUUGUCACGAAGAGAAACUUUGUAUUAGUUUCAUAAUUUGCCAAUUUUAAUAUCAGUCAUUUGUCAGUCACCUGAGUUCAUUGCUUUUGCAUAUUCUGUUUUAGUGUGUUAAGUUUGCAGUUAUCUUAAAUACAAUUACCUCACAUUUAGCUUGAACACUUUUCAAUUGAUGAUAUUUUAAUACAACAUGUAUCAUAAAACUGUUGAGUUUUCUUCAUUGUGGUUUAUUUGAUACUAUUUAACUCACAGUAUCCUUUAGAACUUACUACAAACAGAAUUUAUAACAUUAAAAAGACAUUUUUUAUGUUAAAAUAAAUGUAUUAAAAUGUCUUAUCAGAUUUAAAACAGUAGAGUUCAGUUCUAAGCAAAAAUAAUUGCUGAAUUUUCAAUACCGGUAAAUGAAUAAAGAUUUUGUGUAAAAGACCAGUUGAUGCCCAGUGUACAUAAAUAGUAUUUGCUUUGAUCAUGUUACAAGCUAGGUAUGAUAUUGAUAAAAUUUUGACUGUGAAAAAGUCACAUAAAAUUAAACGAAAGUUCAUAUCCAAUUGUAUAAACAGGUCUGUAUUUAUAGAAAGCUUUUUAGAAUAUGUUAUCACUAUGCAUGUUGUUAUGGUAUCAUCUCUGAUAUUACCAUUCACUUUUUUAAAGCUUUUAUUUUUGCUCUGUAUUGCUAAAGAUAAAAUGGAGUGUUACCCUGUUAUAUUUUUGUUAUGUUUUUGUUACACAAUGCUGAUGUAUUGAUUAAGUGGACUCAGGAGUUUUACCCGUAUAGAGCUUUAUAAUAUCAAUAAACUCAAAUUAAACAUG